AUGCUAGGCCGCUGUGGUCGUCAGGCUUCGCGCCUCCUGCCGCGCCCUGCCUCCGCGCCCCGACCGCCUUCAGUGCAAUGGCAUCGUAUGUUAUCAACGUCAAACAGCCAGCAAUCGCUGCUCUCCGCGCCUCUCCAAGAAGCCGACCCCUCGGUGUACAACAUUCUCCAGAAGGAGAAAAAUCGACAGCAGCACUUCAUCAACCUCAUUCCCUCAGAGAACUUCACAUCUCAGGCUGUUCUAGAUGCGCUUGGAAGUGUUAUGCAGAACAAAUACUCCGAGGGAUACCCCGGAGCUAGAUACUAUGGAGGAAACGAACAUAUCGACGAGUCCGAGAGGCUCUGUCAGCAGCGCGCCCUCGAGACCUUCCGUCUCAGCCCGGAGGAGUGGGGGGUGAACGUCCAACCGCUCUCUGGCUCCCCCGCGAACCUAUACGCCAUCUCCGCCCUUCUCAACACACACGACCGAUUGAUGGGAUUGGAUCUGCCGCAUGGCGGUCAUUUGUCCCACGGCUAUCAGACACCUACAAAGAAAAUCUCCUUUAUCUCUAAAUACUUCGAGACUUUCCCCUACCGCCUCGACGAGUCAACGGGUCUGAUCGACUAUGAUAGCCUCGCGAAGCAGGCCCUCCUUUACCGCCCGAAACUUAUCAUCGCCGGUACAUCAGCCUACAGCCGUUUGAUUGAUUACCCCCGCAUGCGCGAGAUUGCCGAGAACACGGGUGCCUACCUCCUAAGCGAUAUGGCACAUAUUUCUGGUCUGGUGGCCGCCGGCGUCGUUCCCUCGCCGUUCUUACACUCUGAUGUCGUGACGACUACCACUCACAAGUCGCUCCGUGGCCCACGAGGAGCCAUGAUCUUCUUCCGCAAGGGCGUCCGCCGGACGGACAAGAAGGGCAACCCAGAAAUGUACGACCUCGAGGGCCCCAUCAAUGCGUCCGUCUUCCCGGGCCACCAGGGUGGUCCUCACAACCACACUAUCACCGCGCUGGCCGUGGCCCUCCAGCAGGCACAGUCGACUGAAUUCAAGACGUACCAGGAGACGGUCCUGGCCAACGCCAAGUCUCUAGCUGAGCGUCUGGGUGGCCCGACAAGCAGCGGAGGCCUGGGCUACAACAUCGUGUCUGGUGGCACAGACAACCACUUGGUGCUGGUGGACCUUAAGAACCGCGGUGUUGACGGGGCCCGUGUUGAGCGCGUGCUCGAACUCUGUGGUGUUGCCAGCAACAAGAACACCGUCCCGGGAGACAAGUCAGCGCUGAAGCCUGGCGGUUUGCGACUCGGCACCCCCGCUAUGACCACCCGCGGGUUCCAGCCAGAGGACUUCCGCCGUGUUGCAGACAUUGUCGACCGUGCAGUGACGAUCACGCAGAAGCUGGACAAGCCGGCUAAGGAGGCCGCAACAGCCAAGGGCGCGAAGAACCCCAACACUGUCAAGGCAUUCUUGGAAUAUGUAGGUAACGGCGAGGAGAUCUCGGAGAUUGUGCAGCUGCGCCAGGAAGUCGAGGAUUGGGCAGGCACGUUUAGCCUCCCAUGGAAGAAGGAGUAG